AUGGAUUUAGUCAGAACGCAUGACUAUGAACAGUUUCUAAUAACACUUUUUACGCCCGAAUUUGCUCGUCAAACUGUGUGGGCACUCAAGGCAUUCAAUGUAGAAACAGCUAUUAUUCGGGAUGCAGUAACAGAUGUAAAUAUUGGAUCCAUGCGAAUACAAUGGUGGCGGGAUGCCAUUGAAAAAACGUUUCAAGGAUCUGCUCCAAACCAUCCAGUGAUGAUGGCGCUGGCCAAGUCGCUUGAAUCUACAAGACUUUCACGCAUGUGGUUUACAAAAAUACUUGCUGCUCGGGAAGCCAAUCUGAGGGAUACUCAGCACACUACUAUUGCAGAUCUUGAGGCAUAUUCAGAGAAUACAAUGUCGUCUCUUAUCUAUUUGCAUUUGGAGGCAUUAGGAGUGACAGAUGUCAAUGCAGAACAUGCUGCUAGUCAUAGUGGAAAAGCGAUUGGGAUCACCACUGCAUUGCGUAGCACGCCAUUUAAUAUAUCCAAGCAACGGUUUUAUCUUCCUACAGAAAUCAUGGCUCAGCAUCAAGUAGUCACGGAAGAUAUUUUUAGGUUUGGCUCCAACGAACAUCUGUUGGAUGCAGUCUUUACAAUUGCUACUCGUGCAAAUGAUCAGAUCCUGACUGCUCGUUCGUUUUCAAAAGAUGUGCCCAUAACUGCCAUACCUGCUUUAUUGCCAUUGAUACUGGGCGACAAUUAUUUAACCAAUCUGCAAAAGGCCAACUUUAAUGUCUUUGACCCAUCGCUUCAGAAAAAAUCACUGUUUCUACAAUUCUACAUCUGGAAUCUAGCUCGUAAAAAUAAAUACUAA